CGCUCGCGGGAGGCAUAAUUACCAAGUAGAAUCCGGUUACAGCUGACGCCCAUCGGACGUUUCCGAUGAAAGAGUGGCGACCAACUGAAUUUUUCUGCUAGCCUCUCAUCUGCAGCGGCCAGAUUUAUCAAUAACAAAUUCAGCGCCACAGAUCUCAAUCUUCUCUUUUUUGCCUCUUCCCGUACCCGCCGUGAUAGAUCUCCGGCUGCCAUUUUCUAUCUUCUUGAUACAAGCACGUCGAGUGCGGGAACGAGGUAUGAUCUGGAUUUUGUUCCAAGAUUUCUGUGAUUCGGCAACGAAACUGCUGGAGUGAAUAAUUGUGCAGUGCGUUUCAAUUGAAUUAAUUAGUCUUCGAUUUUGGUCUUGCGGAUUGAUUUCUUAUUUGGUUUGAGCGGUGAAAUUGAGUAGUGGAACAAUGUCUUCGGAGGAAGGUGAUGCUAGUGAAACUCCGGGGACAAUGUCUGAGAAGCUGAAAUCCGGCGUGAACCAUAAGGGCAAUGGCCAUGUUGUUGUGGAAGAUAGGUUUUCUGAUGGCGAUAAAUGCUCCGAUGAUCAUGAUGAGCUUGUACAAAUGGUUAUCGAUAUGAAAUCUCAAAAUGAAUACUUAAAGUCUCGGUUAGAAAGCAUAAAAAUUCUCCAGAUUGUGGAGAAUGUGCCAGAACGAACCGAAGAAAUUGAUUCGACAGAUGGAGAAUCCAUUGAUUUGAAGGAACUUCAAGAAAGAAUUGAGUCUUUGAGUAAAGAACUUUUGGAGGAAAAGCAGACACGAGGAGCAGCAGAGCAAGCUUUGCAGCAUCUCCGAGAAGCCCAUUCAGAAGCAGAUGCAAAAGUUCAAGAGCUUUCUGCAAGGCUGGUCGAAGCUCAACAGAAGUUGGAGCAAGAAAUAAAAGAACGUGAUGAGAAAUAUUCUGACCUGGACUCAAAAUUUAGCAGGCUGCAUAAACGUGCAAAACAGCGUAUUCAAGAUGUUCAGAAGGAAAAAGAUGACCUUGAGGCUCGAUUUCGUGAUGUUAAUGAAAGAGCAGAGCGCGCAACGUCCCAGCAGACUGCACUGCAACAAGAACUAGAACGCACUCGGCAACAAGCUAAUGAAGCAUUGAAAGCAAUAGAUGCAGAGAGGCAACAAUUAAGAAGUGCAAACAACAAGCUUCGAGAUAACAUAGAAGAAUUGCGACACUCAUUGCAGCCUAAAGAAAGUGCAAUUGAGGCAUUGCAGCAGUCCCUUGCGGAGAAGGACCAGAUGCUGGAAGACGGGAAGAAAAUGCUUCAAGCUGCUGAGGAGAAAAGGCAAGCUUCACUAGCUGACCUUUCUGCAAAACAUCAGAAGAGCUUGGAGAGCUUGCAAAUGCAACUUUCUGAUGCUUUAUCUGAUAGAAAUAAAGCUACAGAAACAAUUUCUUCUCUACAGGAAUUAGUUGCGGAGAAAGAAUCAAAGAUUGCAGAGAUGGAUGCAGCAUCAAGUGGUGAGGCAGCUAGACAUAAAGCUGCUACGGAAACUGUAAAAGGAGAGCUUGCUCACCUGAGAAAUGAACAUGAGAAAGAAAAGGAGGUGUGGCAAGCUUCUUCAGAGGCACUUAAAAUGAAGUUAGAGGUUGCUGAGAGCAAUUGCAUUCGUGCUGAAAUUGAAGCUGCUAAAAUGAGGAGUCAGCUGGAACUGGAAGUUUCUGCAAAAACACGGAUGUUGAGUGCGAGAGAUGCUGAACUACUGACUAUCAAAGAGGAGAGGAAUCGCCUUGAAAAUGAAUUUUCUUCAUACAAGGUUCGUGCUCAUGCACUUCUUCAGAAGAAGGAAGCAGAGGUAGCCGCUGCUGUGGACUCUGACCAAAUUAAAGCUCUUGAGGAAGCAUUGAAGGAGGCUGAAAAGGAAAUAGCGUUGGCAUAUGCUGAAAAGGAUCAGGCUCAGCUAGAUCUUCAAAAUGCUUUGGAAAAUAAUGAUAAAGAUCUCCGAGAAAGAGAUUCAGCCCUCAAUGAUGCUACGGAAAAUAUUAAGAGCCUGGAAAAGAGGCUUGAAUCUGCUGAUUUGCACCUUCAUUUGGAAAAGGAAGCUUGGGAACAUAGCCUUCAGAACUUGGAAGAAUCAUGGCGAAUCAGAUGUGAAGCUCUGAAAUUUCAGUUUGAAGAAUCCUCUAAGCAAGAUGUCAAAAAGGAAUUUGAAGAGUUGAAACAAGGGUAUAGAAAGUUGAAGGAGGAGCAUAACUCAUUCCGUGAUCUUGCCGAUAGAAUGAUUGAGGAAAAGGAUGCGGAAAUUUCUAGGCUUUUAGAUGAUAAUAAAAAUCUUCGCCAAUCUUUGGAAUCAAAAUCUCCCGCAGAUAAAAUUGAUAAUACUGCAGCUACUCAACAGCAAGGUUCAUCAAAUUUGAGCGCCUCCAUUGCUGAACAACAGAUUCUGGUUUUAGCAAGGCAGCAGGCUCAGAGGGAAGAACAACUGACCCAAUCACAGCGGCAUAUCUUAGCUCUUCAAGAAGAAAUUGAGGAGCUGGAACGGGAGAAUCGUCUGCAUAGCCAGCAGCAAGCAAUGUUAAAGGCUGAAUUUCGUGAUAUGGAAAGAUCACAGAGAAGGGAGGGUGUAGACAUGAUAUAUCUGAAGAAUGUCAUCUUGAAGCUCCUAGAAACCGGUGAAGUAGAAGCUCUGCUGCCUGUGGUUGCCAUGCUCCUCCAGUUUAGUCCAGAAGAGACACAAAAAUGUCAACAAGCCUACCGAUCUUCUUCGGCCGAUGUUCCUCCGAGCCCCGAUUCUUCAGGAUCUGCUCUCUCUCUCUUCUCAAGAUUUGCAUUUUCAUGACAGAUGAGAGGGAGCCUCUUGAAAAUUUCUCAGCACUUUGCAGGUUCAACCUCUGCCACUGUGGCUUGAGCAAAUGUUGUUUUCAACUGCCGGCAGACAUGCAGAGUUGCCGUAACUGUAAGAAUUCGGAACUGCUUCUUGUAAGAAACCAUUCUUUCAUGCAAAAAUGAGAAUCUACAGAGAAAUGUUACCAUUAAGAUAAGAUCUACAUGGAACAUGAAAGAAGAGGGAGAGAAAUUUAUAUUUAUCUUUUGAGAGGAGGAGGCAGGAGUGCUGUAAUUUCAUGAAAAUGUUUUCUAAUAUAUGCAUGCAGUGAUUUUUUUGUUCA